AUGCAUAUGUAUAUGGAUAGUGGUGCAUUGGCCAGGUCUAUCAGUAUGGGAACUUCGAGUGCAAAUGACAUGGACGUGGACAUGGACGUGGACGUGGACAUGGACGUGGACGUGGACAUGGACGUGGACGUGGACGUAGACGUGGACGUGGACGUGGACAUGGACGUGGACGUGGACGUGGACGCGGACGUGGACGUGGUCGUGGACGUGGACGUGGACGUGGACGUGGACCUGGACGGGGACGUGUACGCGGACGUGGACGUGGACGUGGACGUGGACGCGGACGCGGACAUGGACUUGGACAUGGACGUAGACGUAGACGUGGAUGUGGACGCGGACAUGGACGUGGACGUGGUCGUGGACGCGGACGUGGACGAGGACGUGGACGCGGACGUGGACGUGGACGUGGACGUCGUGGACGUCGUGGACAUGGACGUGGACGUGGACGUGGACGUGGACGUGGGCGUGACGUGGACGUGGACGUUAACGUGGACAUAG